CACUAGGAAAGUAAGGCUGGGCAUUUGUGUGUGCGACAGCCUUUCUCAAUGCUGUGCUCGGUUCUAUCUACACAAGUACUAGCUGGUGGAAGAAUUGGCGAGAAAGUAUCAGGUCUUCAAACAGCUCCUGGAAACUAGAGAACGUCAGAAGCCUCUUGCACUCCAAGGUUUGCGUCCAUCAGCUUUGUUCAGCACGCUCCUGAAAGUGCUGAUCUUACCAUUCUCUCAGCUGAAAUGAAAGGGACCCUUCUUGCAGAUUCCCACUGGCACCAUCUUUUACGAUGCAUCAACACCUCUUCGCCUGCUCUUCCGCUUAGGGGGGAGCGCCACGCUCAUGGUCUUGCAGUCCCUGUCCUUCUGGCUAAUCAUGGCCAUCCACAUCUUCAUCUUGGUGUUCUAUUAUAAAGUAGGCCACGGCCAUACACGGACGGAUGCUACAACGUCAGACUCGGCGUGGCCUUUCCUGAGAUCAGGAACAUACAGCGGCUUUCUUGGAAUCAUGACAUCCUUCUGCUUAGUCUUCCAGACCACUCAGAGCUACACUCGGUUCUUCGAGCAGUACAACGCUUGCUGCCGCGUCAUAAGCAACUCAUAUGCCUUUGCUACUGCCCUCCGGAGCUUGUUUGACGGGAACAGAUUUGAGGGGGCACUAGAGGUUCUUCAGGAGUUGCACCGGCAGUCCAUGGCUAUGCUUUACUUGGGGUUCGGUUGGCUUCCGCAUUACAAGACGAACAACAUCCACAUGUGGAUCCUGGAGCGCUUGGAAUCUCUUGAGUUGGUCACUGCUGCGGAGCAAGAGCGAAUCCUGGGCCUGUCAGGGGAUGCUUUGCCUUUCUUUGAGAUGUACUACGCUAUAACUCACACCUUAUAUCGCGAGCUCGAGUUGGGACACAUCAGCGAGCGAACGCUGGAUAGGGUGAACACGUACUUUGAAGCAGUGACAGUGGGGCUGGUAUCUCUUUACGAGUACUCUAACAUGCCGGUUCCUUUUGCCGUCUACACUCUGCUCAACGUCAUGGCCCUCGGGUACUUGGUCGUGUUGGCUUACACCCAGAUUUUGCCGAGCUACUUCUACAGCAUCAUUCCGGUGUUCCUAACGGUCGUCUGCACCCUGGGGCUUCGGGAGGUCUCUAACGCUUUAGCGGAUCCUUUUGGCUGCGACGAUACCGACAUUCCUGUCUUGGAUUACGUGGCUGCUGUGCACAAGACUUGUGACGAAAUAGCUGCCUGGACUGUUGCGCAGCCGAAGGCAGGUGUCAAAGAGGAGGUGUGACCCACCUUAAGAAGUAUCUAAAUGGCAACAAAGUGACGGAAUUCUGAACGAAGAGACUCAGGAUCAAAGAGUUGGUGGCUAUAAUAUGGGGCCUCGGAAAGGUCACUUCACAGGCUCGCGGAAGCCUUGCUUUGCUUCAUGUCACCCUACGGACGUGGCCCCGCCCGGCCUCCGCUCAGAAGAGAUCGAUGCAAGAGAAAAGCGCUUCCGAGCACGUCCCCCAGCGUUCAUCGGCAAAAGGUCAGGCUGCCAAGGGUUUUCAAAGCAUGGUUUGAGCUUGUUGACCCAAUACGUACAUAUUUUGGACGGUCCAGUUUACUGAGUCAGUGCCCGUAACCCUAUUCACAGGUCGACUAACAUUUGCAGAACUUAAAGUUAAGGUGACCUUUGACUUAUGUCAGUCAGUGUAUCCCUGUAAAAGAUUCCGGCCGAACUUCCGGGUAAUACUAGGCCCGUAGCGUGAGUUGAUCGAAAUUUGUCCAACUAUCAAUUCCGCCAAGCUCUCAGAUUGUGAUUGUCUUUGCCGGCUAUCAUGCCGUUGGAAGCACAUUAGGUUCCAGCCCCAGCCUUUAGUACUUCAGUGGAUAUAAGCCUGUAAACAAAAUAAUUGGUACUUCGAACCUCGAUUGCAC